AUGACCGAACAAAACCAAAUCAAGAAGCAGAAAACUAGCGACCAACCACCAAGACCUCAAAACAUUGGUAUUAAAGGUAUCGAGGUGUACAUCCCAUCGCAAUGCGUGAAUCAGGCUGAUUUGGAAAAAUUCGAUGGUGUCUCGCAGGGCAAGUACACCAUCGGGUUGGGCCAGACCAACAUGUCGUUUGUCAACGACAGAGAGGAUAUCUACUCGAUGAGCUUGACAGUGCUGUCCAAGCUACUGAAAAACUACAACGUGGACCCCAACUCGAUCGGCAGACUCGAGGUCGGCACCGAAACCUUACUCGACAAGUCCAAGUCCGUCAAGUCUGUAUUAAUGCAGCUAUUCGGCGAAAACACUGACUUGGAGGGUAUCGACACCGUCAAUGCGUGCUACGGAGGUACCAACGCGCUUUUCAACAGUUUGUCGUGGAUCGAGUCGUCUGCCUGGGACGGUCGCGACGCCAUAGUGGUGUGCGGUGACAUUGCCAUUUACGACAAGGGUGCCGCGAGACCCACUGGAGGUGCCGGAACUGUGGCCCUUCUGAUCGGUCCCGACGCUCCAAUUGUGUUUGACUCCGUGAGAGGCACUCACAUGGAGCACGCAUACGACUUUUACAAGCCAGACUUCACCAGCGAGUAUCCUUACGUAGACGGCCAUUUCUCCUUGAGAUGCUAUGUCAGUGCACUUGACAAGAGCUACAAGUUCUACUCCAAAAAAGCUAUUGCCAAGGGCCUUGUUCAGGAACCUGCUAAUGCGGAGGCCGUGGGCGUCGCCAACUUCUUUGACUACAACGUUUUCCACGUCCCCACUUGCAAACUAGUCACCAAGUCCUACGCCAGAUUACUCUAUAACGACUUCAGAGGCAACCCUGCUCUAUACCCAGAGGUUGAUCCAGCUCUUGCAACGAUGGACUACACUGCCAGUUUGACUGACAAGAACGUUGAAAAGACCUUUGUCGGUAUCGCCAAGGCUUUGCACAACGAAAGAGUCGCACCUUCCUUGAAUGUUCCAACCAACACCGGUAACAUGUAUACCGGGUCCGUUUACGCCGCUCUAGCCUCGUUGCUCUUCUUUGUCGGCUCCGAUGCCCUACAAAACAAGCGUGUGGGUCUAUACUCCUACGGGUCUGGUCUUGCCUCGUCCAUCUUUUCCUGUCGUGUCGUUGGCGACGUCAAAUACAUGACCGACGUGCUGAACCUUGACAAGAAACUGCAAUCGAGAAUCACGGAAACUCCCGAGAGCUUCGAGAAGGCCAUCAAGUUGAGAGAAGAUGCUCACUUGCAAAAAGAUUUCGAACCUAAGGGCUCUAUUGAAAAUUUGCAAUCUGGCGUGUUCUACUUAACUAAAGUUGACGACAAAUUCAGAAGAGAGUACGCUGUGACCCCAUGA